CUAAAGCAUAUUGCAAACUAUACAAGUUAGAGAGAGAGAGAGAGAGAGAGAGGGAGAGAAGCUGGUUGUGGAGAGCCAUGGAGAAGAGUGACAAAGUUGCAGCAAGUAAGGAGCUCAAGUACAGAGGAGUCAAAGCCAUGCCAUUUGUUAUAGGAAAUGAGACCUUUGAGAAACUGGGGACAAUUGGAACCUCAUCAAACCUAUUGGUUUAUCUCACAACUGUCUUUAACAUGAAGAGCAUUACAGCAACUAAUCUCAUCAACAUCUUCAAUGGUACUUGCAACUUUGGCACCUUGCUCGGAGCUUUUGCUUCCGAUACUUAUCUUGGCCGCUAUAAAACUUUGGGAAUCGCUUCAAUCUCAUCUUUCUUGGGGAUGCUUAUACUAACACUAACAGCAGCAAUUACCAAGCUUCAUCCUCCUCACUGUGGAUCAGAGAGCAACACAUGCACUGGACCAACAACAUGGCAAAUGGCCUUUUUAUUAACCGGAUUUGGACUACUCGUAAUCGGAGCUAGUGGGAUUCGACCAUGUAACUUGGCCUUUGGAGCAGACCAAUUCAAUCCCAACACAGAGUCUGGCAAAAGGGGAAUCAAUAGUUUCUUCAAUUGGUACUAUUUCACCUUCACUUUUGCCAUGAUGGUGUCAUUGACAAUCAUCGUCUACGUGCAAUCCAACAUUAACUGGGCUCUCGGGCUUGCAAUUCCCACCUUUCUGAUGUUCCUAUCCUGUGCUUUCUUCUUCGUGGGCACGAGGAUUUAUGUCAUGGUGAUACCGGAGGGUAGUCCCUUGACAAGUGUGGCACAGGUUGUCGUGGCUACUAGCAAGAAGAGGAAGUUGAAGUUGCCAGAACAACCAUGGCUGUCUCUGUUUAACCAUAGGCUUGUUAAUUCUAUCAAUUCUGAGCUUCCUUACACAGAUCAAUUCAGAUUUGUCAACAAAGCAUCGAUCAUAACUCCAGAAGACAAAAUCAACCUUGAUGGAUCAGCAGUGGAUCCAUGGAGACUAUGCAGCAUACAACAAGUUGAAGAAGUAAAAUGCUUGUUGAGAGUGAUUCCCAUAUGGUUUGCAGGUGUUAUCUACUUUCUUGUUCUAGUCCAACAACAAACUUAUGUAGUCUUCCAAGCCAUUCAAUCCGAUCGACGCCUAGCCAACACCAAUUUCAGAAUCCCAGCAGCAUCUUACACUGUAUUCUCCAUGCUAAGCCUCACGAUCUGGAUACCAAUCUAUGAUAGAUUAUUAGUACCAUUGCUUCGAAGAGUCACGAAAAAAGAAGCAGGGAUUACAAUCCUCCAGAAGAUGGGCAUUGGUAUGGUUCUGGGCAUUGUCACCAUGCUUGUAUCAGCUUUAGUGGAAAGCAGGAGGAGGACAGUAGCUCUUACAAGGCCAACACUAGGAAUUGUGCCAAGAAAGGGUGACAUUUCUUCCAUGUCCAGUUCUUGGUUAAUAGUUCAGUUGACACUGGUAGGACUUUCCGAGGCAUUUACUGCUAUUGGAGAAGUCGAAUUCUUUUACAAGCAGUUCCCAGAAAACAUGAGGAGCUUUGGAGGGUCUUUCUUGUUUUGUGGCAGUGCAAUGUCAAGUUAUUUGAGCAGUUUCUUGGUGUCGAUUGUUCAUCAGACGACAAAAAAUUCAACAGUAGGAAACUGGUUAGCAGAAGAUCUUAAUAAGGGGAGACUGGAUUACUUUUACUACAUGAUUGCUGGUUUGCAGGUGGUGAAUUUGGGUUACUUUCUGGUAUGUGCAAAUUGGUACAAGUACAAAGGAACAGGAGGCAACAACGCUGAAGUGGACAUGGAAAAAUUGCAUUCUGGAAAACCUCUUGCUUGAAAAAUUCACAAAUAUGGUUUUACAGACUCUUCUCCAACUUCUUCACAGCAUAAAAUAGAUUACACAAGUUUCUCUCACUUUGUUCAAGUUAUUGAAUCGAGUAGAGCUUGAUAUAGGAAGAUAUAUAUACUUCGUUUCACAUACGAAAAUAAAAAAAU